GCCACUUGCUUCCGCGAUUUUCUAACAUGCAGAAGCAGAAAUCCCUGAACUCUACACUCACUGUCUUAUCUCAUUCUUUGUGAUGCACUUUUAUAAAAGAAAAAAAAAAUUGUGCUGAAGUUUUGUAUGUAUGCCAUGGUAUUCACAUAGGUGUUUGCUGGAGAAAUGGCUUCAUCUUUAUCCACACAGAAAGCCCAAACCUGACUGGAGGAAAUUAGUGGUACCCUUUAGAAGGUUUAAGAACUAUUUUGAUUUCAAACUAGUGUAAUCUCAUCUGCGAUGAGUGUGAGCGCUUCAUCAAAAGUACACGGUUUACCAACUUGCAUUAUCUGCAUGCAGCAUGCUAAACAUGAAGAAAGGCAGUAAAAGCCAAAAACUGCCUGUGGAAGUAAGACAGAAAAUUGUUAGAAAGCUUGGAUAACCUCAAAGAUACAAGUACAUUUUUAGAGACCUUUUAUGUUCCUGUAAACAAAGCUACCAAGAAGUCUAUUUAGGGUUGGUACAAACUGGACAGUGGUUGUGAUGUGAGAAGGUGGCACAGUGAUGUAGGUGUUGAUACAAGGAUGUCACUGCUCGGUAUCAGAGGAGAAUUUUUUGUUUUUUGUCCAGGUUUCAGGCUGUUGAAACCUGGACAGGUGAAGGUAAACCAGACAGCCCAAAAAAAGCCAAGCUGUCUGGUUCAAAACUGAAGUGGUGGUGGCAACCCUAGGCCUAUGGCCCUGUAGAUCAAUAUUGCAGGGAAGAAUUCUUUGGAUCUGAAUUUGUUCGAUCAACUGGCAAAUGGAAUCAAACUUACCUGCAGACACAAGGUACCAUAGUUUCAAUUUGCACCAUCUGUCGCCAACUCAGUGGUAUGACAGCAAGACCCCACUGUUAACAUAGAAACAUAAGGAAGUUGACUUGGUGUUGCCCAACAAGAUAAAAUCCUUCUGGAAGGCUGUCCUUAAGAGAAUUUUAAUAAAGCACAUCUAUUUGCUUGCAGGAAAUGCAGUUAAAGGGGUGGUUCACCUUAAUAACUAACAAAAUUCGUAAAGUCUUUUCUGGGCACAUAACAACCAUUUUACUAUUUUUCAUCCAUUACCUAAAAUCAGCCAUUGCAGAAAAAGCAGUUUUUUGUUUUUUUUAUUAAAAAAGUGAGUUGCGUACACUUAAUAUCAUGCUAGCAUAAAUUUUGUAUCAAAGGUGAACUACCUCUUUAGACCUUCAAGACCACCAUCUCUGUAGUUAAACAAGGAGGACGUUUGCCGAUGUUUUGGGGUUACUUUGCCUCCCCUUGAACUCUGUAUCUAUGCAUAACAUUUGGCUACAACGUUAUACUGUCUUAUAGAGUUUAAGCACCGUGGGAAACAUACAAAAACUAGUUAUCAAUUUAAAUUUCUAGUGUUCUCCAGAACUCUGCUUACUGUGUUGUGAAGGCUAUAAAUAAUAUUACAUAGAAAUAAAAAUUCUGUGUUUGCUUUAGAAUCUUAUGCUACAAUAAUUUAUAAUUACGAUAAUUGCUUUUAUAAUAUGAAUUUGAAAUGGUUUUGUUUUGCUAAUAGAAAAUUGGUUGCGUGACUGUUCAUCAUCCCAUCAACUGAAUAAGCACUAAAAUGAUCAUUUGUUGAUGUUAAACCAACAACAUUUUUUUCCGGUCAUUACUUGACCAAAUCCGUCCAUGUAUGGCUAACUUAGCAUAAGGUACCAUAUUCGCAGCUGGACAGAUAUGAUCAAUAAAUGUGUAUAAUUUUUACGUUUUUGGUGCCAUAGCUAGUUGAAUGAUUUUUUUUUUUUUUUUUUACUCAGAAAAUAAGAUCAGAUUAAAAGACCUAAAAUGUUUCUUUUUAUAAAAUAUUUUUUGUAAAAUGACUAAGCCUGGAUCUAACCAGCAGGCACUUCUCUCUCUCUUUUUUUUUUUCCAUUCUGCGUUGGUCACAAAAAGCUCUGUUCGUGAAUUCAGACAAUUUAUGUUUUUUUGUUUCCCAGGAAGCCUUUUUAUUGUUUUCUCUAUGAAUGACCUUUAAGGAUAUAUCCUGCAUCUAAAAGAUUGUGCCGCGUGAAUGUUUUCUGAUUAAUGUUGGGAAAAUAUGCAUCUUAUGGCAUAGCUGGUAGUUCAGUGGAAGUGAUACUAUGAGAGCUAGCUGUGAUUAUGCUUUCUCUGUGCCUACAAUUGCUGUCUGGGUGCUGUAGUGGAGUCUGGGAUCCCGUCUGAUCUUGGCAGUGCAACUGAGGGAGGAGGAGGAGAGGAGGGUGUGCAGAGGACUUUGUCACAAAGGCAUUCUCUCCAUUCUGCAGCAAAGUAAGCUGCAGUCCUACUGCAGGACACCUCCAAACACUUGUGACUUCAGCAGAAACUCAGCUCUGGAGUGGAAGCAUAGCUGUGGUGUGAAUUUCCAUGGAUAGAGACCCAUUCUUCAGUCAUCCUGAUGAUUGCUGGCUCUUGCACUUUGUUUCUUUUCAAAGAUUCUAUUUUAAUCUCAUGUGGAUAUAAUUUUUAGCACUAUGCUGUAUAGGCCAUAAAGGGCGGCUGUUGUACAAACCAAGAUACAAUUGGAGGUGCUGUGAGCAACAGGGGAACGCCAGACGCAGGCAUGAUCCCUAAUUAUAGGAUAUCUCAAGAUGAACUCUUCUGUGGAUGGCAGUAACAGCAGUAGCCACCCUUUCUGCCUGUUGGGGAUUGGAUUCCAUGAGGCUAUUCCAGUCUGCAUCUUAGAAGUGGGUAUAAUCAUCUUCCUCACAGUGUUGAUCAUCUCAGGCAAUUUGAUUGUGAUCUUUGUCUUCCACUGUGCUCCCCUACUCAACCACCACACCACAAGCUACUUCAUACAGACAAUGGCAUAUGCAGACCUUCUCGUUGGUGUAAGCUGUUUGGUGCCUUCUUUUUCUCUUCUUCACUACCCUGCUGUCCUCCCAGAGUACUUGGUGUGCAGGAUGUUUGGAUAUGUGGUAUCUGUUCUGAAGAGUGUGUCAAUGACAUCUUUGGCCUGUAUUAGCAUUGACCGGUACAUUGCCAUCACAAAACCUCUGACAUAUAAUACACUCGUCACAGCAUGCCGUCUUCGCUUCUGCAUCCUGAUCUUAUGGGUAUAUUCAUGUGCAGUGUUUCUGCCUUCAUUCUUAGGCUGGGGGAAGCCUGGCUACCACGGGGAUGUGUUUGAGUCCUGUGCUAACUUAUGGCACACUAGCCCAUACUUCACUUCCUUCAUUGUGAUAAUGUUGUAUGCUCCAGCAGCCAUCAUUGUGUGCUUUACCUACUUCAACAUCUUCCGGAUCUGCCAGCAGCACACUAAGGAGAUAAAUGAGAGGCGUAUACGUUUCAGUACCUCAGAAAGUGAACCUAGCCAGGGGCAGCCCAGCCCAGACAAGCACUAUGCCACAGUUCUCUUCCGCAUCACCAGUGUUUUCUAUAUUCUCUGGUUGCCCUAUAUCAUCUACUUUCUCCUGGAGAGUUCCAAGGUCUAUGCAAACCAAACUGCAUCCUUCCUUACAACCUGGUUAGCCAUUAGCAAUAGCUUCUGUAACUGUGUGAUCUACAGCAUGUCUAAUAGUGUUUUUCAAAAGGGACUGAAGCGGCUCUCUGGAACUGUGUGUGCAUCAUGUUCUAGGCAAGGGAAGAGUCAUGAAGUUCCAGGUACUGUAAGCAAAAGACCCACGGAUGCCUGCAACCCUUGACAAGCACACACCGUGGACCAAUCUCUUUUUAGUUUAGGAUCUUUUUCCUCAACUUUGUUCAGUAAACAUUGGGUGUGCCAAUAAAUGUUCAAGAUUAGAGUUGCCUUUUUAAACAUUGACUAUGAAUGUCCUAAAUGUUAGUUUGCAGAUAAAUGGUGGUAAAUCCACUUCAUGAUUCAAGGGCAUACCUAAUAUCAGUUCCAUAGUGGGAAAUCUGUUCUGUUACAGCAGUUAUUGUGACCUGGGGUAUGACAUUCUACCAGUAAAUGGAAGUGCAUAUAUGAUGCUUAUUUUGCCCAUCUUUUUUCCAUAUUAUGCUCACCUCAAACUACAGAUCGAUGCAGCGCUAAAUUUGGAUGUGUCAUUGUUAAAUAAAAAGGUUCCCAUUGGGUUCAUAACUCUUUUAUCCCUGAAUGGCAUCUUUUAUGGAGCUAAAUAUUUGUAUUGACAUUUUGGCUGGAAAGUUCUCCUUGCAAACGGAAUUGCCUUGAUUUUGACACACAAAUGUGAGCAUCAGAGACUCCCAAUACAACAAACCAGUAAAACUCCAUCUUCAAGAUACCCUUAUCUAAGAGAGACAAAAUAUAUCUGUGAAUAAAAAGUUUCCAUUUUUUAUUUUAUUAUAUAUAGAAAUGUGGUUCCCACCUAAAUGAAUGCAAUAUUUUUCUAAGUGAAAAAGAUAAUAUAUUAUUAGUAGCAUUUAAAAAAAAUAUUGGAAUAUUUUAGUGUAGUUAAAGAUAUUCACCUAAUGAUUUGUAUUCACAAGUAAGUAAAUAUUGAAUGUCUG